AUGGCGGCGCGCGGAUCGGCGAGGAGAGAAGACGGCGAGGGCGGGGCGCCGAGGUGGUUCGUGGCGAACGCGAGGGUCGGUGCGAGCGAGGCGGCGACGACGCAGAGCGCGCGGCCGGCGAGCUCGACGGCGGACGCGGCGACGACGGACGCGGCGACGAGCGCGGGCGGCGACGACGCGGUGGAGAACGAAGUCGUGGCGCUGUCGAAGACGAAGCGCGUGACGGUGCGAAAGUGGAAGGAAACGACGCUCGUUGACAUUCGCGAGUACUAUCAAGCCGGUGGCGAGGGACCGUACAAGCCGGGGAAGAAAGGGAUUUCGUUGUCUUCGGCGCAGUGGCGGGUGCUCGACGCGAACAUCGAUAAAGUGGCGAGCGCCAUCGAGGCGUGCGAGGCGUCGAGCCAAGAGCAGCUGGUGUGCGAGAUGUCGAACACGCGACGGUGCACG